GUGAUAUUGAUUUUUUCUACGACCGUUUUCUGUUGCAUGUCCACAUUACUAAUUCCCAGAAAUAAUCGAUAUUUUUGUUAUUCUCGGUAGUUUGCUUUUAGUUGAAUUUAGUUUUCCAUGCUGAAACGCGACAUCACUUAUUUAAAAUAUUUGGACGAUGAAGAACUGCUUUUACGUUUGAGUUACAAAUGUUUAUGAUGAUUUAAAAUUAAGGAGUAGUGGUUGUUUAUUUAAAAAUGGAUAUUAAAAAGAAAGGAAUGAAACAAGCGGGUAUAAACAAGAUUUCUUUACCCUUCUAUGAGCCGCCGCCAAGAAAAACAAGCGCUGAAAUUAUAAAUGAAGCUCGCUUGGCUAUUAAAGAAUCGCAAAUGGUUGAAAAUACCUUCGCACCCACCACAAUUAAACCAUUGCAAACUCAAAGACCAUUCACUCCAAGGGACAAGGAAAGAUUGCUUUUUGGAAAAAAAGUAAAAACCAACAGACCACCAAGUUCGUUUAGUUUACGAUAUCUUCAAAACGAAACCGAUCUACCAACCACCCCGCCAGAAACGUCCCUACUUUCUCCAUCAUCAUUAAAAUCGCAAACGCAAAAACCACCAUCAUAUCAAGCUCCCACAACAAGACACCAUAGAUCGAGUUCGCUAUCGGAAAUCAAUGAAAGCAUAUUUAACAUUGGAGUAAAGGAAUCCUUGCAUACAGUCAAGUUACCAUCGCUGGAAUCGAAGCCAUUGACUAAAAGGAAGUUGUUCAAAAAAAGUAACACGUCUUUGGAUAAUUUACCUGAAGAAAACGAAAGGGUAUCAGACUCGAGAAACGCUUUCAGCUCACCUCAAGAACGUACAGACUUCGGCACAGAUUUGCCAUACGAAAGACCAUCCAAGCAAAGCAUAUCUGAAUGUUUGCUGCUGGGACCACAAAACUUGGAAAAACUGUUCGACAACCGACAAAUCAUAGAAAAUUCUGGCACCCUUUUUGCAAACACAGUCGAGGCAAAAACGAGAACGUUGGACGAUGUUUUGAAUGAUAUUAAUAGAGAGAGCAGUUAUAAGUACAACAAUGAUGUUGUUAUUGGGUUUCUGUACGAACUGUAUGAAUGCAUGGAGAAGGAAAAGAUGUUUGAUGGGAAAAUAAGCUCAAAAUUGAAAAUACAAAUUUUAAAAACUUUGUACAAAUUCGUCGAGUCUACAGAUGAAAGAAUUUUAAUUGCUAUUGCUAAAGUUAUAUUGGCGCUUAAAGUUACUGGAAAUAAUUUGAGUGGCGUCUGCAAAUUAAUAUUUAAAGUUUCAAAGAACGACAAAAAUGACCAGUUAUUCUUCCAACACAAUUUACUGGAAUUAUUUCUUGACGCACUGGGCCGAUCAAGUCCUUUGGACGAUGCAGAGGCUUGCAUAUACGGAUAUGGCGCAGUCAAAUUUUUAACCAUGAACCCGAAACUUUUGGAUAAAAUCACAGGCCUAGGCAUACUGGAAUUGAUGGUUUUGCACAUUAAAAUUAUAAACACUGCAAAACUUGAUAAGGAAAGUAUCCCAGAACAGACACAUCACGCUUUAUUUCAAUUAACAGGAGCUUUAAGAAAUUUGGUGUCUGAAGAAUUAAUUUUUGACAAUUUUAUAAGUAGUGGUGCAAUAAAUGAGCUUUGUAGGACAAUGGAAAUUUUCUCUACAGAUUUGGAUGUCAUUGCUAACAUAUCUAGGACGUUAAGUAUAAUUUCAACGAAUGACUGCUGUUGCGAUAGUUUGGUGGAUUAUAAAAAUAUUUAUAAAAUCUUCAUUAAUCUAUUUGACAAAUAUCCUGGAAAUGAAGAGAUAAUAGUCAGGUUAACGUACACUCUUGGGAAUAUUGUUUCAAAAAUUGAUAAUACAAGAGUUAAAUUUUUCCAAGAAGAAAAUUCCAUGGCUAGUCUAAUAAACAUAUGGAAAAUAUAUCUUGAGAGAACAUUAAAGAACUGUUCUAUCAAAUUGGACAAUAUUGAUGAAAAUUUACCCAAUACAGAGGACGUUAUGAUAAAGACAAUUAGAGUAAUAGCGAAUUUGGUGAUAAACCCUGACAUAGGGAAGCAAGUAAAUGAAAAAUUCGGCAACGCUUUAAUCGAGGAAACUUUAAAAGCAUUAAUAAGCAAUCCAUUUAAGCAAAAUGAAGAAUUAGUACUUUCAGUAUUAAGCACGCUAAACAACUUAUCUUAUUACUACACAUCUGAAUCUGAGGUUGACAUUUUCCACAUCAAACAGGUCGACAUAAUUGAUGGUAUAACUGAAUAUACAAAAUCAAGAAAUAAGGAAUGCGUUGUGGAAACGAUGAGGAUAUUAGGAAAUCUUUCAAGAUCAAACAUAUCAAGAAGUUACAUUACAGAAUGUGAAGUUUUUUCCAUAUUAAUAAAUUUACUGGACAAAGUUGAUUUAACUUUAUUAAAAACCACGAUAGGCGUGUUUGUAAACUUAAUGUCAGAUAAUAAAUCAAGGAAGUUAUUUAAAACAAGUGGAGGCGUUGAAAAAUUAAUAAUAGUAUUGAAAAACUAUUGUGAGAGGGACUGGGUAUUAGGAACCUUGGUAUGUCAGACCCUUUGGAACUACUGUAUCAAUAUAGGAAACCUAUGUCAACUUAUAUCAGAAAGUGAAGUACAAGAACUUUUGGUUAUUUUGUCAGAUUUCUUAGAUGAAGAAAAGUUGUUUGGUAUUUCCGAAUCUGCACCAGAAACUGAUUUAUAUGUUACUCAAGAAUAUUUAAUUUGGGAAGAAUUUGCAAAUGUUGCGACAAAUUUAUUGGAAAAAAUUGAAUAUUUCUUAGAUACAUGCGACCAAAAUUUAGAAGAAAAACCUAUCACAAAAGAUUCUAGUACAAACUUAAGUUGGUAGGCAAAACUUUAAAACAAGCAAAUUACUAGAAUAGCAAGUGUUACCUAAAUUAAAUAGAAUUUACAAAAGUAAAAUUGUAUUGUAAAAAACAAAAAUAUUAAGUAAGUAUUAGUUUGUCUUACCAAAUUAUAUUAGUAUAUUUUACAUUACUAAAUUUUAAUGCUCAAUUUGUUAUGUUUUAAAAAAAUUAUGUACUUUUAUACUUAUAUUUAUUAAUCCAUUAAGCUUAUUUAUUAUAUUACAAAUAUUUUAUUCAUGUUAUUAUACUUGCAUAGAAAAUAAACCAAACUAUAGGGUAAAUGUCUGAAAUGAGUUUUAUUAAUUUCCCUAUCCAUUUUAAAUUUUAGUACUUCUACUGUAACUAAUAAUAGGUAUCAAUAUUUCAAAACAUACUUUUGAAAUU